CGCGCGGUGACAUCGUAGUAGCUCUAGCCAAUGUGGACUUCCUUUGCCUGCCUUGCAGUCAUUAAGCCAGGAGCAGGACUUCUUCUGAGCUGCAAUUGAACAAAGUCUCAAAAGUCAAGAUGAUCCGGAUAGCUGCCUUCCUCGCCCUGCUGGUGGUCGCCUGCUCGGGAGAGAGCUGUACCGAACCGACGAUCACCCCGUCGGCCUACACCACCUCGGACGCCGUCAUCUCUGCAGAGUCGGUAUUCAUCGUGGAGCUCAGCCUGGUCUGUGCCAACGGAGCUCAGAGUGUGACUUUGUAUGCUGAUGUUAAUGGAAGACAGUUUCCUGUGACCAGAGGCCAGGAUGUUGGCAAGUACCAGGUGUCCUGGAGUCUUCCUCACAAACAGGCCAGCUCUGGCACUUAUCAGGUUAAGUUCUUUGAUGAGGAGUCCUACAGCGCCCUGCGCAAGGCCCAGAGAAACAAUGAAGAUGUUAACGCCAUUCAGCCUCUAUUCUCUGUCGACGUCGACCACAGGGGUGCAUGGAACGGUCCAUGGGUGUCCACUGAGGUGGUAGCUGCCCUCAUCGGCAUCCUGGUCUACUACCUGGCCUUCAGUGCCAAGAGCACAAUCCAAGCAUAAACGGAUCCACAGUCAUUUUUUUUUACCCCUGGAUCAUUGAAAGAUGAAUGGCAUGUCUUGUAACAUGUUUUUUCCUGCUUUGGGAUGAGCACUAUUUGUCUUUGGAUGAUGAUUUUUUUUUUUUAUUCGGACUGUGUAUGUGCUCACAUGGACAUUGCAUCAGGUUGGCCUCGUCACGAUGGAUGGAGAUUUGUAAUCGUUUUUCUAAACUUCAAGACAGUAAAGGUGGACCCCUUCAUAAAUAAAACAAUGGUGCAUGUAUUUGGUCGUAAGACCCAGGCUGCAAUGUGCUUUGACGGCCCACGGAGGCACAGAGAGGCCAAACCUUACACAAGUAACAUAAUAAUGUGAUUGCAGUGCUUCAAAACAAAUAAAUGGGUUUUUCUUGUCA